GGCGGCGGCGCCCAAUGAGGAGCUGGCGGCGCGGCGCGCUGACGUCAGACGCCGCGCGACGGCGGCGGGGGCAGAGCGGCGGCAUGUUGCAGCCGCGGCGGCCGCUCCUCGGCCUCCUCGCCCGGGCCUCGCGCCUGGGCCUCCGCCCGCCGGCCUCGGGCCUGCCGCCGCCGCCGCCUCCUCCCCGCCCUCCUCCACCUUCCCCCGCCGGGGGCCAGACGGGGCGGCGCGGCCUGCUGGGCCUGCUGGGCCUGCUGCAGUGCGGCUCCGGCGGCGGGCAGCGGGCGAGGAGGCCGCGGCGGGGCCGGCAGCGGGGGGGCGGGGGGGCUGAGGAGAGGGGAGGGGGGCGGCGGGCAGGAGGAGGAGGAGGAGGAGGAGGAGGAGGAGGAGGGCCCGGGGGGGGACGGGGGCUGGCCCGGGGCCGCCCCGCCCUCGCCGCCGCCCGCCUCAUGGCCGCCCUGGCCGGGGUCUUCGUGUGGGACGGGCAGCGCAUCGAGGAGGAGGAGCUGCAGCGCUCCGCGCAGGAGAUGAAGCACAUGGAGAACAUCUCGGCCAUGCUUCGCGGCGGCGGCUCCCCGGACGAGUACCAGCGGCCGGACCCCGCCUCGGAGCAGGACGCGGUGCGCGUCCCCGGGGAGCAGCCCUGGGAGAUGAUCAUGGACAAGAAGCACUUCAAGCUCUGGCGGCGUCCCAUCGAGGGCACCCACCUGUACCAGUACCGAGUGUUUGGGACGUACACGGACGUGACUCCCAGGCAGUUCUUCAACGUCCAGCUGGACACGGAGUACAGGAAGAAGUGGGACUCGCUGGUCAUCAAGCUGGAUGUCAUCGAGAGGGACCUGGCCACGGGCUCCGAGGUGAUUCACUGGGUGACCCACUUCCCGUACCCCAUGUACUCGCGAGACUACGUCUACGUUCGCCGCUACAGCGUGGACAAGGAGAACAACCUGAUGGUUCUGGUGUCGCGGGCCGUGGAGCACCCGAGCGUCCCGGAGGACCCGGAGUACGUUCGGGUCAGGACCUACGAGUCGCAGAUGGUUAUCCGCCCGCACAAGACCUUUGACGAGAACGGUUUCGACUACUUGCUGACGUACAGCGACAACCCGCAGACGGUGUUCCCGCGCUACUGCGUCAGCUGGAUGGUCUCGAGCGGUGAGUCCUGCCUGGGGGAGCGCCCACGUCCUGCCGCCUCCUCGCUCCGGGGGCGCCCGGGCGCUCCCCCCUUCCUCAGCCCCCUCAGGGCAGAAAAUAUUUAA